AUGACUUUUAGCAUGGAUCAAACUAAUAUUAACAACAAAUUGGAAGAAGUCAUUCAAGUUCAAGCUCUUCUUGAUUCACCGUCGUCAUCGGAAAACUUCCGUCAAAACUAUCACAGCAUUGUUAUCAAGCCUCAAAAUGAUAUUUCCAUUGUUACAAAAUGCGACAAUGAUGAUAAUUCUAUUUUCGAAGUCGAAAAAGAAGGAGAAUCAAUAAUUUACAAUCCCUUGAAUAUUAUCGGUUCUUAUGAUAAUUCUACGCCCAACACAAUCACAACAACUGCUAGUUUUAAAUCAUCUUCCUCAUUAUCACCUUUAGGAUUUUAUGAUUCUAACACUAAUAUUGAUACUAACUCGACAACUCCAUUAGAAAUUUCUCCAUUAUCAGCCGUGACCAACAACACCAAUACUAAUGAUGGUAAUGGUACCAAAGAUGGAAAAAACUUCUGCAAAGAUGUUGAAAUUACUAGAAUUAUUGAACCUAUUGUUCAAAGCAUCGAAGAUUUGAAAUCUAAAUUUAACGAAUGUUAUUUACGAAAUGAUGUUUGUUGCAUGAAAAACAUUAACAUCAAGGAUUGCGGUGAUAACAACGUAAACUUUGAUGAAAGAUCUCAAGAUCAACAACAUUAUUACGAAACUCUGAUUAUUUCUGGAAGAUUAUUGGAUUUUAUUAUCAAUUAUAAUAUCAAUAAUAAUGAUGCAUCAUUUCAACUUCCCGAUGAAGCAAAAGAACAUCUUGAAUUUGCACGCAAUAUUUUAUUAGAAAAAGAAUUGUUAUACAAUAAUAAUCACAAUACAAAUAAUCAUUUACAAGAAUUAUCUGGAACUAAAGGCCCUAAAAAAUUUAAAGGAAAUCCAUCAAUUCAUCGUUGUAACUCGUCAACAAUUCCAAACUCCAAAAGUAAACAACAAAAACCUAUCAACAACAACAAAUCACGUAGUUCAACAUUUCCAUCAACUCGAGAUUAUUUUUGUUAUAGCAACAAAAGUGCACCUAUUCAUGCCAAUGCCAAUAAUAGUAAUAAUAACAAUGGAUACAACAAUAAAAGACGUCAUAACGGACAAUCAGCAUCAUAUCAUGCUACUAAUUACAAUGGUACAAAUUUCAAUAAUCGGUUAAAUAAUAAUAAUAAUAAAUAUUACAACAACAACGCUGGAGGAAGGAAAGUUAUUCUUCAAAAUAAUAAUAAACCGAAUCAAUCUCGUCCUCUCCAUCCGUUUCUUCGUGGUUCAACAAAUGUUGUAAAUCCUUUUUAUCAACAACAACAGCAACAAAUUAAAAAUAAUCGUAGCGUUAAUAUUGACGGUAGAUUAAUUGGAUUCUUACCUUCGCGUUGUUUCAUUUGUCGUGGAUUUGGUCAUUUCGCCAAUGAUUGUCAUUACCAAAAAAAUAAGGAAACUAUUACACCUGAUAAUAAUAAUAAUGCUACAACUUUUAUUUCUCCCAACAUCAUCAAUCAACAAAAAUUAGCUCGUCGUAGACGUGUUGCAGCAACUCGUUACAAUAGACGUAAUAACGCUAACGUGGAUAAUAAACCCAAAGAUGUUGUUAAUAACAAUUUUGAUUUGUUGGCCAACACUUUGAAAAAUUUAAUACCUCUCAUCACCAUUUCUCAAAUCUCUUCAACCGACUUUCAUAAUAAGAUAUGGCCAUUUAGAUAUAUAUUACCUGAUAAGAUGCUUGAAGAAAUAAUGACUUACCACUUGGAUCCAACGUCUCCACCACUACCGGUUGUUCAAGCAAAACGGUUCCAAUUUGAUUCAUCAUUACUAAGACCAAACCAUAUAGCAUUGAUAUCAAGUUGGAUUGAUAGACUAGAUCAAAAACGUUACACUUGUGAGGAGAUGCCUUAUCGAUUGCAAUUGCUGCUCAGGGGUACACAGGAUGGAUUUGACACUGAGACAUUCCAUAAGAAAUGUGAUCUGAUAGCAAGAACACUGGUUGUGAUGAGAAAUAGUAAAACUGGUGAGAUUAUAGGCGGAUAUAAUCCAAUGAUGUGGACAACAAGUGUGGAUUAUAAAAUUACAGAGGAUAGUUUUCUUUUUUCAUUUGGUAAUAGGUGGAGAUUAGAAGAUGCCAGGUUAAGCAGAGUGUUGCAUCAACGUUCGUUUUACGCAAUAAGAUUUAAUGGUAAAAAUUAUGGUCCAUGUUUUGGUGAUAAGGAUUUGUGUAUGAAAGGUUGCUUUAAUGAGAGUGGUAGUUGUUCAGCACAAAAAGACGAUUAUUGCACUAGCAUCACAGAUUGUAAAGUGUUUUCAGUUGACGAGUAUGAAGUUUUCAAAAUUGUUAAUAAAAAAUCACAAGUUUAUUCAUUUGAAUUCAUGGAAAUUAGCAAGGUUGCUCCAACUGCUUUAUCUUGUCCUCCUGAAGCCUAUUAUUGUUGUCAUUAG